AUGGCAGGGCCACAAGCAGGGGGAGGACCGAAUAUCCAGGUCCCGGUUCUUCACGAGUGCCAGACCGUGAUGUUCACGUGGUCCUCCACGUCCGGACCGUUCAAAGCUUGGAUAUGGACCGGUACAGGUGGCGUCGGCACGAUACUGUCCGACUUUGGAAACCUCGAUAAACCCCAAGUAGGCUGGGAAGUCGACCUAGCUCGAGGGCAAGAAGUCCAGCUGGCAGUCCGAGAUGCCGCUGGUCAGACUUUCGUAUCUGCUCCAAGUACAAUCCUCCCUGGCGAUUGUCCGCCCGGUUUCCCACUCCGGACCAUCGGAGGCGACAAUAAGCCCGCGGCUCCUUCUGAGAAAGUCAGCUCGGCCGCUCCUCAGCAGUCCGUCUCGCAAGCCCCUCCACCGCAAAACCAGCCUAGCGUGAAAGCCGAGAGUGUCCCGACUCCUUCUUUUAGCCCUCUCCCGUCCAAAUCACCGGCUUCGGAUGCGCAAGUAUUUUCGCAAUUCAGCGCUCCGGCCAACACCCCUUCUGCGGUGCAAGCGAGUACUGCCGAAGCUGGCGGGUCGGCACGGCCGGUAGACCCAGCUACGCCGGCGUCCUUCGGAGCUGGUGCCGCGCUGUCGAGCUCGGUCACUCCCGUCAAUGGCCAAUCUACCGCCAGCUCGCUCCCUCCCCAGCCUGCGGUCUCCGCACCUUCCAUCUCUGCUUCUUCCCUACGUUCGACACACUCCUCCGCUCUCCCCUCGGCAUCCUCGCCUGCCAUCGCCGGCGCGGGGAGUAUAUCCCCGGACUCAUCUUCCAAAACGAGCCCCACCAUGAUCGCCGGCAUCGUAGGCGGAGUCGCCUGCGCCGUCCUCUUCUUCGCACUCCUCACCUACGUCUUCUGCCGCCAUCGCCGCCAGACCGCCGAGUUCGCCGGCCGGAGCUCAGACGACGACUAUGUCCAUUUCGUUGACUCGGCGUCGAUAUCGAGUCGAUCUUUUGCGCCCAUCUACGCGAGGUUUCGGAGCGAGACAAACCUCGCUGGACGGGGUGCAGGCGGGCCAGACGGAGGGGGAUACGGAGGUGCUGAGGAGAAGGAAGUCGAGGCGGGUCUAGGGGAUCGCGAUCGCGAUGAUACGGAGUCGCUGCAGCAUCUGGCGUACACGGCGCCGACGUCUGAAGCGACGAGGGACGAUCUGGAGGAUAUGACCGCCCAACCCAUCCUCGACCCGGCUAUCCUAGGUCGAUCCGCCCCAGUCUUACCUAAACUCAAGCGAGAGACCCGCUCGACAUGGCGAAGCAGCUUUGGCGCGCUCGUCAGUUGGCUUGGACCCUCUUCGCCCGUACCCGGCGCAUCGCCCAGCGCAUUCCGGCUCGGUAAACGCGCCAACCCCUAUACCGGAUAUAUCGGGGAGGGAUCCGAGACGCUCACCUCUGGCGCCGGGCUCAGUCGGACCAAUACAUUCCGGACGGACCGGUCUGGCGGUGGCGGUGGAGAUUCUGGUCCAGAGGGGCUUAGUACCAAUGCUAAACCACCGUCAUACCGCGCGUCCUCGUCGACGUUCGCGAACCCCUUCCAUAUUCCAACACCUACCACACCUACCGCCGCCGCGCUCGCCGUUCUCUCAUCCGGACCAGGCGGGUCGCGAUCGCUUUUCCCGCGCCGUCAGUCCGGCGGGACAGUCAAGACCUCCCGCUCUCGGAGAUCUAUCGCUACGUUCGGAGCUGGAGCCGGGAGCGUAGCCGGAGCGGGCGCUGGCGCUGGAGUCAAUCUCCACCUUGCCCCCCAGGCGCUCAUCUCACCUACCAUGCCCCUCGCUGGCGCUGGCGGAGGCGGAGCAGGUCUCCUCUCCCCCGCUCUCCCCUCCCCAGCUACUGCGCUCAGUCCGGGCUCAGAGGACAGUUUCGGGGAUAUAAUGGACCACUCGGAGCUUGCCUAUGCUCAACCUACCCCCGUCUUUUACCCCGGAUCCACCUCUGGACCGUCCGCUUACGUUUCUCAUCAACCUCAGGUCUCAGCGGGGCAUGGCAUAUAUCGAGAGGCGGAGGGUAUAGUCUCAAGGGUGUCGAUCGCGAAGUAUGAGCGGCCGCGGACGCUCAUGUUUACGCGGAACUCUUAUGCUGGGUCGGCGUUUGGGUCGACGGGGAGUGUCGAUAGGGUACACGGGGAGCGGGGAGGAAUAGGGUCGCAGGGGGAGGGAGAAGUGGAGGGAGAGAAGAAAGAGCAGAGUCGGCUGAGUGGGAAGUGGUCCGAGUGGAGAAGAAGUAUCAGGCGGAGUCUGGGUGGAGGAACGGAGGAUGAUAAUGGAGUAGGGCACGCGAUCUAG